GUGGUCGAUGAUGGGAGUGGCCUCAGCGGAGGUGCCAUUGCUGGCAUUGUGAUUGGCGUCCUUCUGGCAAUCGUUCUUUUGGUUCUUCUCUUCCUGUUUCUCAAAAAAAGAGGAAGUAGCAACGCGAUGGUCGAAGAAUUCGAGUGGUCGGAGAGCGGUGGAAGCUUCUUUAACGAUGGCAUUAAGGCGAGUAAUGUUGGAAGUAAUGCCAAAGCAGCAAACGAAGAAGCACCGUAAGUAUCUGUGUCGCCUUGAAGUUACUUCGGUUUUUAUUUUGGGAGACAUUUUGUGGGACAUGAGGCCAUAUGGAUGGAUCCCCCAAUGCGAGUGCUGUAUCCUUACAAUGUGUUGA